AAGUUAGACAAAAAAGUGUAGUAGUACUUCCGGUCAAAAUCGUGAAAAUAAAACGCACCAUAAACAGAGGUGUAGUUUCGCAUUUUGACCAGCUGAGGGCAGUAUAUGCCAGUUGUAAUACUGCAUGAAUCAGUUUCCGCUUUGCGUCAGCUCGCUACUUCCUUUCACACCGGCACUUCGUCGGGGAUUUGCACCGUUUGAGGACCGGUUGGAUUAAAAGUGCCAACAGGGUGUCACAUAAUUCACGGUCAUGGCAAAGUUCAACGCCCCUGUGAUCCAGGACAAUCCGUCGGGAUGGGGUCCCUGUGCGGUCCCAGAGAAGUUUAAAGACAUGCCCUACCAGCCUUUCAGCAAAGGAGACCGCCUGGGAAAGGUUGCUGACUGGACUGGAGCGACUUAUCAAGACAAGAGAUACACAAAUAAGUAUUCCUCGCAGUUCGGAGGGGGUAGUCAGUACGCCUACUUUCACGAGGAGGACGAGACGAGCUUCCAGCUGGUGGACACGGCCAAGACGCAGAAGACGGCCUACCAGAGGAACCGCAUGAGGUUUGCUCAGAGGAAUCUGCGCAGGGAUAAAGACCGUAGGAACCUGACUCAGUUCAACAUGCAGACGCUCCCUAAGAGCGCCAAGCAAAAGGAGAGGGAUCGUAUGCGCCUGCAGAAGAAGUUCCAGAAACAGUUUGGGGUCCGUCAGAAGUGGGACCAGAAAUCCCAGGCCCAGCUGAAACCCAGAGACUCCUCGGUUGAGGUUAGGAGUGACUGGGAGGUGAAGGAGGAGAUGGACUUCCCCAGACUGAUGAAGAUGAGAUACAUGGAGGUAGCUGACCCCUCUGACAUUGAGUGCUGCGGUGCGUUGGAGCACUACGAUAAGGCUUUUGACCGGAUCACCACCCGCAAUGAGAAGCAGCUGAAAAGCAUCAAGAGGAUCUUCCACACCGUCACUACCACUGACGACCCCGUCAUCCGCAAGCUGGCUAAGACUCAGGGUAAUGUGUUUGCCACUGACGCCAUCUUGGCCACCUUGAUGUGCUGCACACGCUCAGUCAACUCCUGGGACAUCAUCGUGCAGCGAGUGGGCAACAAGCUGUUCUUUGACAAGAGAGACAACUCUGACUUUGAUUUGCUCACUGUGAGCGAGACCGCCAACGAGCCGCCGCAGGAUGAGGGCAACUCCUUCAACUCUCCUCGUAACCUGGCGAUGGAGGCCACGUACAUCAACCACAACUUCAGCCAGCAGUGUUUACGCAUGGGUGGAGAGCGCUACAAGUUUCCUGCCCCCAACCCAUUUGUGGAAGAGGAUACGGACAAGAGUGAGGUGGCAUCUGUAGCCUACAGGUACCGUCACUGGAAGCUCGGGGAAGACAUUGAUCUGAUAGUCCGCUGUGAGCACGAUGGAGUGAUGACCGGCGCCAACGGAGAAGUGUCUUUCAUUAACGUCAAGACCCUCAACGAGUGGGACUCCAGGCAUUGUAACGGGGUGGACUGGCGUCAGAAGCUGGACUCUCAGAGAGGAGCCGUCCUCGCCACUGAGCUGAAGAACAACAGCUACAAACUGGCCCGCUGGACCUGCUGCGCCAUGCUGGCUGGAUCCGAGUACCUCAAACUGGGGUAUGUGUCUCGGUACCACGCAAAGGACUCCGCUCGUCACGUCAUCCUGGGAACCCAGCAGUUCAAACCCAACGAGUUCGCCAGCCAGAUCAACCUGAGCAUGGAGAAUGCCUGGGGAAUCCUCCGCUGCGUCAUCGAUAUCUGCCGCAAGCUGGACGAGGGCAAGUACCUCAUCCUCAAGGACCCCAACAAGCAAGUGAUUCGGGUGUACAGCCUGCCUGAUGGGACCUUCAGUUCUGAUGAAGAGGAGGAGGAAGAGGAAGACGAAGAGGACGAGGAGGAAGAAGAUGAAGAGAACUGAAGUGUGGAGACUGCUCCAGUGACCAAAGCAAGCCUUCACCAUAAGUAAAGAAAGACAAUUUAACUCCUUUUGACAUUCAAUAAUUCAAUAAAGAUGAGAGAUUGGCCA